CGCCCAUCUGCUUUUCCUCCCAUAAACAAGGUGACGUAGUGCAGAGUGCUGCCAGAGAGCCUCCUCGCCUGCUGCUGCUUCCACAGCCUUUCUGCCAGCCUCCUCACCAGACGGUCUGUGACCUCCAGAUCAACAUCCAUCUAUCCACCCACCCCACUGGAGCAGCGCAGCUCCUCCAGACCCCUGGGCACCGGGACCACUCCUCUCACCUCCCUCCGUCACCAGCCCGCCACCACUCUCUAUCCUCUGCACCACCCCUCUGUCCACCUGUCCUAGAGUACGCUCUCGCCCCUCACUGCCUAGCGCCCAACCCCACAGAGCCCAGCCCGCCCCAGCAUGGAUAAGGUGCAGCACACGAUGCGCUCGGCCAUCCGCAGAGCCUCCAUGGCGGUGGACGUGCCCCCCCAGGCCAGGCAGAACAUGCAGGAGCUCUUUGUCAACUUCAGCCUCAUCCUCAUCUGCCUGCUGCUCAUCUACAUCAUCGUGUUGUUGAUGUGA